AUGGGUCAUUUUACUCAUGAUAGUGGGAGGUGGGACAUGAGGUGGAGGAGGAAUUUCUUUGAUCAUGAAAGUCAUUUAGCUGUGCAGUUUAUGGAGGAAAUCAGCUCUGUUCCUAUUCAGAGACAGGUUAAAGACACUAUGUUGUGGUUGGCUGAACCUAAUGGACAAUACACCACUAAGUCAGCUUAUAGAUUACGCAUGAACACCAGCUCAUCAAGUUCAGAUGGGAAGAUCUUUAAGACAAUUUGGCAGCUGAAAAUCCCCCCUUGGGCAGUGGUCUUCUGUUGGAGACUUCUUAAAAAUAGACUCCCCACCAAGGAUAAUCUCUUAAGAAGAAAUGCCAUUACUCAGGAAGCUAACUGUCCUUUGUGUGGAUGUGUGCAGGAGGAUGUGGGUUAUCUUUUCUUCAACUGUAAAUUGGCAAAAGGCCUGUGGUGGGAAUCCAUGAGCUGGAUCCGGGUAGUAGGUCCCCUUCCAAUUACCCCUGUUUGCCAUUUUUCUCAAUUCUGUGAUGGCUUUGAGGCAGUUGUGAAUCAUAGUACAAGGUGUGGGUGGUGGAUUGCCUUAACUAGCUCUAUAUGGCAGCAUAGGAAUCAAUUGAUUUUCCAAGGAAAACCUUUUGAUCCCUAUAAAGUCAUGGACCAUGCUAUCUUUUUAGCUUGGUCAUGGUUAAAGGCUAAUGACAAAGACUUUAGUACUUGCUUCAACCAUUGGUCUUCCAAUAUAACGAAUUUCGUUGCCUAG